AGCAACCGUGUGCGGCUGUUCGGUAAUCAGUCGAACGUUUGUUUGUAAACAAGCACGUAGGACCCGGGCGUGUAUUAUCAUUUGCGUCGACCCUGAGAGCGGUUGCAGCUGCGCGUCACCGCGUGAAUCGAACAAGUAGUGGGGGACUCCCUCGCGAAACGCUGAUCGCCGAAUGCGCCUCGGCGAAAUUCCGCUGAAAAAGCCGCGGUGAGUAACGCGUAAGAUCGGACGUGAGCGAGCCCUGUUUCCUGUUUGCAAGUGCAUCCGAUCGGCCGUUGCAGCGAGCCGCGACGCGCCGCAACCAGUGUCAUCGUGAAAUAAGCUCCAGAGUUGCGGUCGUGCAUAUGGACGUUGACAUCGAAGCGACGAGGGAUGCGAUUUCUCGAGUUCGUGAGUGAUAACCGCGGCAGCCGUGCUGCCGCGACCACGUAGUUCCGCGUGUACGCACGCGGAUAGAACAAUACACACGGUGCGUCGUCAUUCUGUGCGUGCGUGUGAACAGACUGUCGGGAAUACCAAUGUAAAGUGAAGAGCAAGCACUGUGAAAGGCUCUCCGUGAUCUUUGCAUGUCGUAAUUCACCUGUCACCCGAGGAUACACGCAAAAUAAGGCAAAAUGGCACAAAUGGAACAGCAAUUACCGAUUCCAAUGCCAGAUUUAAGUACUCUUCGUAUAACUACAGCCGUCUCCAUGCUUGGCAAAGCAUAUGGAUGUGGCCAAUGUAAUGCCCCCCCACCUGGACCCUCAACAAGUGGUGGUUCUGUUGGAACUGCGGGAGUUGCGGCAAGUAGUGUUGCAGCUCCCAGCAACAUGGGGCUUGUUCCAGCACAACAGGCACACACUCCUCCUCAACCUGCAGAACUGCCAAUGUUUACAUGCCCUCGAAGACCAAACAUAGGACGAGAAGGUAGACCGAUCGGUUUGAGAGCUAACCACUUCCAAAUUAGUAUGCCACGUGGUUAUGUACACCACUAUGACAUCAGCAUACAACCUGAUAAAUGUCCUCGGAAAGUUAAUAGAGAAAUUGUAGAAACAAUGGUUCAUGCUUAUACUAAAAUAUUUCAAUCUCGUAAGCCUGUGUUUGAUGGCAGAAAUAACUUGUACACAAGGGACCCCUUGCCUAUUGGGCAUGACAAAGUAGAAUUAGAGGUUACACUGCCUGGUGAGGGUAAAGACAGAGUUUUUCGAGUGGUCAUCAAAUGGUUGGCGCAGGUUUCAUUAUUUGCUUUAGAAGAAGCUCUCGAAGGACGAACUAGACAAAUUCCAUAUGAUGCUGUUCUUGCUUUAGACGUUGUAAUGAGGCAUUUACCAUCGAUGACAUAUACUCCAGUAGGUAGAUCGUUCUUUAGUACACCAGAAGGGUACUAUCAUCCACUAGGUGGAGGUAGAGAAGUGUGGUUUGGUUUCCAUCAAUCAGUGAGACCAUCGCAAUGGAAAAUGAUGUUAAAUAUUGAUGUUUCUGCCACUGCCUUCUACAAAGCGCAGCCGGUUAUAGAAUUCAUGUGUGAAGUAUUAGAUAUCCGAGAUAUCAAUGAACAAAGAAAACCACUCACGGAUUCUCAGAGAGUAAAAUUUACCAAAGAAAUCAAGGGUCUCAAGAUCGAAAUAACUCACUGUGGAGCUAUGAAGCGAAAAUACAGAGUGUGCAAUGUUACACGUAAACCAGCUCAAAUGCAAUCAUUUCCAUUGCAACUGGAAAAUGGACAAACGGUCGAAUGUACAGUUGCCAAAUAUUUCUUAGAUAAGUACAAAAUGAAGUUGCGCCAUCCACAUCUUCCUUGCUUACAAGUUGGUCAAGAACAUAAACACACGUAUUUGCCGCUUGAGGUUUGCAAUAUCGUCGCUGGACAACGUUGCAUUAAAAAGUUGACUGACAUGCAGACUUCGACUAUGAUCAAAGCGACAGCACGUUCCGCGCCAGACCGUGAACGAGAGAUUAACAAUUUAGUCAGAAGGGCUGAUUUUAACAAUGACUCUUACGUACAAGAAUUUGGAUUGACUAUAUCGAAUAGUAUGAUGGAAGUCAGGGGUCGUGUCUUACCUCCGCCCAAACUACAGUACGGAGGGCGCGUAAGUUCCCUCAGUGGACAGACAAAGCAACAGGCGAUGCCUAAUCAAGGUGUAUGGGAUAUGCGUGGUAAGCAGUUCUUUACGGGAGUGGAAAUUAGAGUGUGGGCUAUUGCUUGUUUUGCGCCGCAAAGAACUGUGCGUGAAGACGCAUUACGUUCAUUUACGACGCAACUCCAGAAAAUUAGUAAUGACGCUGGUAUGCCCAUUAUUGGACAGCCAUGCUUCUGUAAAUAUGCCACUGGACCAGAUCAAGUCGAACCUAUGUUCAGAUACUUGAAAUCAACUUUCUCGCAAUUGCAAUUAGUUUGCGUUGUAUUACCAGGAAAAACUCCUGUAUAUGCUGAAGUGAAAAGAGUAGGAGAUACAUUAUUGGGUAUGGCAACUCAGUGUGUACAAGCGAAGAAUGUCAAUAAGACAUCACCGCAAACAUUAUCCAAUCUCUGUCUUAAAAUAAAUGUCAAAUUAGGAGGAAUCAAUAGCAUUCUAGUACCUAGCAUAAGACCGAAAGUAUUUAACGAACCAGUUAUAUUUCUUGGAGCUGAUGUGACUCAUCCGCCAGCAGGAGAUAACAAAAAACCUAGCAUAGCCGCUGUAGUAGGUAGUAUGGAUGCUCAUCCAUCUCGAUACGCGGCAACUGUGAGGGUUCAGCAACAUAGGCAGGAAAUUAUUCAGGAGCUCAGUUCGAUGGUUAGGGAAUUGCUGAUAAUGUUUUACAAGAGUACGGGUGGAUAUAAGCCACAUAGAAUAAUUCUGUACCGUGACGGUGUCUCCGAAGGCCAGUUUCUUACGGUUUUGCAACACGAAUUAACUGCCAUUCGUGAGGCGUGCCUCAAGCUCGAGAUCGACUACAGACCCGGCAUUACGUUUAUCGUAGUGCAAAAGAGACAUCACACACGUUUGUUCUGCGCGGACAAAAAGGAACAAAGUGGAAAAAGUGGAAAUAUCCCGGCAGGCACAACUGUCGACGUGUGCAUAACUCAUCCGACAGAAUUUGACUUUUACUUGUGCAGUCAUCAGGGUAUCCAGGGCACAUCACGACCGUCGCAUUAUCAUGUUCUUUGGGAUGAUAAUCACUUUGAAAGUGACGAAUUACAAUGUCUCACGUACCAAUUGUGUCACACUUAUGUCAGGUGUACAAGAUCCGUCAGUAUACCAGCACCGGCGUAUUAUGCUCAUCUGGUAGCAUUCCGGGCAAGAUAUCAUUUGGUCGAGAAAGAGCAUGAUAGUGGGGAAGGAUCUCAUCAGUCAGGUUGUAGCGAGGACAGGACACCGGGAGCAAUGGCACGGGCGAUCACGGUUCACGCCGACACGAAACGAGUCAUGUAUUUCGCAUAA